CUCUCCCUCUCUCUCUAUCUAUUGCUAAGUGUUCUCUCUGUAUAUAUCUAUAUAUCUAUUUAUAGGUCUUCUCUCUUUCUGUUUUUAUAUAUCUAUCUCUCACUGUAUCUCUCUCUUUUUUUCACAGUAUCAAUCUAUUCAUCACAAUGCUUCUCUCCCUAUCUCUCACUUUAUCACUACGUCUUUCUCUGGUGUCUCAGUGGCGACCUUGAGCGCUGAUCUCUUACCUACGACACAUUUAUAUCUAUUUUUUUUCUUUUUGACACCCAACCCAUAUAGGUACCUAUAUAUUGUGACUUACUGUUGCUGUGAUGGAAUUUUGACUAAACCAGAAAACAGGAAAGCGCCUUGUGACGUAUAAAUAGCCACUAACACCAUUCACUGACAUCCUGAAUAUAUAUAUACAAUAUAUAUAUAUAUUCAUAUCCACUAAAGUAGUGUUUGUUUUUGUGUAUAUAUCAUGUUAUUCCGCGGCGAUAGACUUAUUACAUAUCUGUGGAUUAAUUAACGUCUCGCACACAAUUCGAAGAGAAAAUUUGUCACCCAAAAUGUCUCUUGUUCAUCCAUGGAUAUCUACUGGGAAGCUAUUGGAACCAAUCUAGACUAUUAUCUGGAAACAAAAGGAGAGGUUGAGAAAGGGCACGAUGACUACAAGCAACAACAAUAAUAAUAAUAAGACAUGUGUGGGUGAGCCACUGUCUUUACACAACUUGUCUUUAAGCAGCAAUGGCAGUGAUACAUUUGAGGAGAAGGAGCUGUCUCCUGCUGUCAUAUGUGAUGACAGUGGUAUGCAGUCCCUUGAUGAGAGUAGCGACAGCACUAGGGAAAGUGUGUCUGAGAAAACAGAGCAAGAUGAGUUGGAAGACGAUGUUUUUCUAAAAGCUCUUUAUAACUAUGAAUAUACUUACGACAAUGGAGAUAAAGUGACUAUGGUUAAAGGGGACAUAUACCGGCUGAUGUCAAAUAGUUCUGAUGACUGGUGGCAAGUUGAAAAAACAGAUGGAAAUGUAAUCUAUGUUCCUGCUGAUUAUGUAUUUAAAUUGGAGGAUUAUUACCCAGGCAACAACAGACCAUUGCCACCAAUUAUUAAUAAAGAUACAUCUGGUGAUAGUACCAAACCAGUGGAAACUAAACCACUUGAAACUAAACCAGUUGAAAUGAAACCAGUUGAAACUCAACUACUUGAAACUAGUCUGUUUGAAACUGAACCAGUUGAAAUCAAACCAGUUGAAACUAAACAAAAGCCUCAUGCUACUGGUGAGAAAAAGAAGAAAUAUCCUGCUCCUGUUGCCACACCCGAGAUGGUAGCUGCUGCCAAAGCAAAGACUCAAAACAGACCAAAUACAACCGUACUGAACCGAAGUUUUAGUAGUGAUAAUGCUGGAACAGUUCCGAUGACUACCUCCUCAUCUUUUGGGUGGCCCGAUUCAUCAGAAACCUCUUCUCAAGCCAAUUUUUCUAUAAACAACAACAACAACAACAACAAUAAUAAUAACAAUAACUUUGAUGCUUGUAUCCAGGUUGUGGUUAAUUCUGAUAAUCAGUACCCCCAAGAGAUUUUGCGAAGUGGAAAUUAUAGUACUUUUGGUAAAGGUUCAAUCAAUCUAAACAGAACAUUGGAAAGACCCAAAAGCUAUCACUAUGGGGCAUCCAGUAGAUAUCUUGAAAGUUCUGAACAUGGGCAUGAAAAAACAAUUCAAUUAGGGAAGUGUCAAAGUUCUCAAUGCAAUAGUAGUGAUUAUAGAAACCUUGAUGAACUGGGUCCUAUUUUAAAAUAUCAAAAGGAACCUGAAAAUGGAAGUGUGGAAAGUCUUACCAAUCCAAAAGACAGAAAAUCGGAGGUACUGUAUGAAAAUGUACAGCUAAUACAGUCAUUCAUGAAAAUCCCUCCCAAGAUGGACAACAGUGUGUUUAUAAAGAAAUACAGUGAAAACUGGGAUAUAUUUGAAGAUAAAUCAAAUGGACAAUAUUUCUACUACAACAAGGAAUCAAAGAAGACCACUUGGAAACCCCCCAGGCCUGAGAAGCCUCCACCAGAUAUUCCUAAUAUCAAUAUAGUUGACGAGGAGAAUGCAAGUGGAGACAAAGUGAAGAAUGGACCGAAGAAAAUCCCCAUUGGUUGGAGAAAAGACUUUGACAGUCACGGCGAGAUGGUUUUCUUACAUUCCAGCUCCAACCAUAAAUGGAAGCAGUCUAUAGAUCAGACUGGCAGACCUUAUUACUACAGGGAAGGUUCUACAGAAUCUGUAUGGGAUCUUCCAGUGGUAAGUACCACAUCCCACUGUUGUUCCCUCUGCCAAGGGUUCUGCUGGUGAUAAUAUGAUGUUGACACCACAUUCAUUAUCA